AUGAAUACACACCAGACGUCUCCGAGGCUACUAAAUUUUGCUAUAUCGAUGCAAUAUGCCGAGAAAAACGAUUUAUGCCAAGUAUUGGAAUUAUUACACGUUUCUCAGGACAUGCAAGUACAAGUUAAAUUAUUUUCCAUCUUAGCAGUUUAUUUGGUAUCAAAUGGCACACACAGCGAUAUGAUAAUAAAAUUCAACCCGUUAUACGACAAAAUAUGCGCGGUACUAGCUAGGGGUUUGCCGCAAAAGACCAAUGUAACGUUGAACUUCAUCACUGCCCUGCUCUACACGGAUAUCGUGGCGGCGACGCGGCGUCGGGCCCUUGUCGCGUACGCACAGAACAUGUUGCGAACUAGCGGUUGCCUCACAGCCAUGGCGAACCUUUUCACCGCUUGCAUGAUUCAACAGGAGACGUGGCGGGCACUUUGCCAAUGUCUGGCAGAAACAUGCAAUGGGAUGGAAAAGAAUCAGAAUUACUGCUCGCACCUCAUUCCUUUGUGCGUUCGUCGUUGUAACCAGGGAAGUGAGUACGUGUUUCAGUUACUACAAAGUUUGUUGCACAACAACGAUCAUAAUAUGCAAUUGUUUUACGAAACCGGCGGCCAUAAUGUGUUUUCGAGGGAGUUUUUAAAGUAUGACCAGUGCUUGCAGCUCUUGAGUACAGUCAUUUCGAAACCAGAUUAUAAAAUUAAACUCUUAGAAGAAACCAACAUUUUUGCUGAAUUGAAAGAUUUAAAACGAUUGUACGGUAUUUCGUCUGAAGUAGGUCAAUGGGCCACAGUAAUUUUGUACGCUAUAAACAACACAACAAAAGCUCCAGUUUCAGAAACUUGCAAAGGCUUAGGGAAGGAACCCAAUGUUAUUGAUGAUGUAGGAGACCUCAAGAACGUGUUCCAAACGAAGAGGGCAGAGAAAAGCCCCGCUAAGGUCUCCACGAAAUCGAACGAUGACGAUUCAUGCAAAACUCAUCGUGCAAACAGUUUCACGAGCUACAUGCGGAAAAGGGACGCCUACAUUAAAGGCGACCGCAGUAGUAUUUGGGACGAAUCACAAAACGAAUGUUUCACUUGCAACGACACUCUCAGCCUAAAGCAAAAGUUCGUCAACGAUGAUGUCCUAAAGGAAAACGUUCAAAGGCUAAAGUUAGGCAUCAAUUUGUACGGAUGCGAUUUUAAGAAAAUAUCGAAAACCCUUUGGAGGAACGAAAAUUAUAUGACACCAUCUGUUCUCUACAAUCUAUAUCGAAAACUUAUCCUAAAA